CAGGCAUCCGUCAUUACCUUAGUUGGGCACCAUCCUCCGACUCUGACUCCGACGUUACGACAUCGCAACUUUUCCAACUCAACCGCAGACAAACCCCAGGAGAGCCACAUUUCUUCAGCUCUCCCUAGCAGCAACAACAUCCGAGCAUCCCGUUCCGUUUCGCACGCCUGUCUACUAUUCUCCGAUUCGAUUUACUACUCGUCCCACGUUGACAUCGUCCCCACCACUCAAACGCAUCACCCACUUUCCGAGCUUUCGCAAUGGCUGGCAAGAAGGGUGACAACAGCAAGAAGGUAGCGGGCAACGCUCGCAAGGCCGAGGCUGCCGCCCAGAAGCAGGCCGCAAACGACGCCCGUCAAGAAGCUGCCGAGGAGGAGAAGUGGAACAAGGGUGCCAAGAACAACUCUAAGAAGGAAGCUCAAGCUGCCAAGGCUGCUGAGGCUGAGAAGAAGAGGGCCGAGAAAGCUGCUCUCGAGGCCGAAGACGACGCCAACACCCCUGGAAAGGCCCCCAAGAAGUCCAAGGCUCCAGUAAAGAAGUCGCGCGGUCUUGAUCUUGCGCAGCUCGACGGCGACGAUAAGCCCUCUGCCAUCAGUGCAUCCGGUAUCGACAAUGCUCUCGACGCUCUGGCUCUGACAGGCGGCAAGGACGAAAAGGUCGACCGACAUCCCGAACGCCGAUUUCCCGCCGCACUAGCCAAGUACGAAGAGCGACGACUCGAGGAGAUGAAGAAGGACGGCAGCGGUGUCGGCUUACGCCUGGAUCAGAGGAAGACCAGAAUCAGGAAGGAGUUCGAGAAGCACCCCGACAACCCUUUCAACCAAGUCACUGCUUCGUACAACGCUACGAGGGACGAUAUGGCCACGAUUCGGGCACAGGAGAAGGCCAAGAUCGAGCAGCGUCUCGGGCACUAGAUCUGGGCUUUGUUUCUUUUAUUGGCAUUUGCGAGAUACCAUCAUGAGAAGAGAACAUGCAUGGCUGAGAAUUUAAAAGUUUCAUGACGGAGUACUUGCUUGGGAAUAGACCAUGGCUUGCAUCUUGUUGAGAUGAAGGUGCUGCUACGAUUUACGAUUAUGAGUCUAUAGGAAGAUACUCAGAGAAUAGGAUUUGAAUAGACAAAUGCUUCUCAUUCGUUUUUUCCGGCAUCG